AGUGUGUGAGAUGUGUAUCAGCAACAUGUCCUGCCUCCGUUUAUUAAGAAACAUCUUCACAGUUAUAUUUCGUUCAACUGUGCUGCCAGAAAUGUUGAAGGUAUCAGUUGAGCAUCUUUUCCAAAGUGUAACCACAGAGAUCCCCAUGACACUGACAGGAAGAACGCUUUUUGGACUGUUUCUCUUCAUACCAGGUCUUCUGUCUGUGAACGUGGUGAAUUUCACCUGUGCAGAGUUGACUAUCUGUGCAUUACAGGGACAAACUGUGAAAGUAAGAUGCCUCCAUCCAACAAAUACCAAAAGGGAAUACCAAAACCUCUACUGGUUUAAAAAAAAACAGAUGUGGAAAUGGAGGGACAAGACUAUACCUGACGACCUCUCCACAGACCCAGAAUAUAAAGGUCGUUUGACGUUUGGUGGCAGAUCUUUCCUUGAAAUAAGAGAUAUUAGAAAGAGUGAUGAGGGUGUCUAUCACUUUAGAUUUAAGACAGAGUCCUCUGGAUGGAUAAAUAGUGUUCCUGGAAUCAAGUUGAUUGUCACAAAUCUGCAGAUAAAGAACGAUUCUGUGACAAAUGGACAGGGGGUGAAACUGACCUGUACCACUAACUGCACUCUGAGUGAUGACCCCACCUACAUCUGGUACAAGAACGCUAAAAUAGUUCUAUACACCAACACCUUCAGCCUGUCCCUCAACUCAAUCAAUAGUAGGUAUACAGGCAGCUACUCCUGUGCUAUAAAGGGCUAUGAGGAUCUCCGUGCUCCUGCAGUGUGUCUACAAAGAAACUGUUUGGAUGUGAGUUACAUCUCCAAGACAAUCUGUGGCUUCCCUGGGUCAUAUGUAGACCUACCUUGCACUUACACAUUCCCCAGAGGUCUCAAUAUCUCAGAGACACUUUGGGUGAAUAGUACAGAUCUCAGAAUGGAGCCUGAAGAUCUGACUUGGCACCCGGAGUAUGUGGGUCGUGUGGAAUAUCGUGGCAACGGUAGUGACUGCACCCUGAGAAUCACAGAUUUGAGAAAGAGCGACUCGUCCAAGUACAGGUUCCUGUUCAAAACACAAGGGACAUACUUCAAUUCGCCAGCGGUCUCCCUGUCUGUCACAGACUUAUAUGUGCAUGUAUAUCCUGACGUCGUGGACCAAGGAGCCUCUGUGUCGAUCUGGUGUCAUACCCAGUGUGGUCUUCCACAAGGCUUUGGGGGCUUCAUCUUGUACAAAGAUGGACAACGCAUAACCAGCCCAAAUGGUGAAAAAGGUUACAUAACAAUCCACACAGUCAGCAGUGAGGAUGCAGGUAGCUACUCCUGUGCACUGAUUGGUCAGGAGGAGUUACCCUCCCUGAAAGCUACACUCACCGUCACUAAAGGACCAGUGUCUGGGUUAAUUGUUGUUCUGGUGGUGGUGGUUCUCCUGACUGUCGCAGCUCUUCUGGUCUUUACCUUUAGCACACUGAAAAGGAGAAACAUGGGAGGGCAUGAUAUUAGAAUGAACAUCCAAACUGUCAAUAAUGAUGGCGCUCAUCUAGAUGUCAGUAGGAGGGAGAGCUCCCCCAACUAUGAAAACGUUGAACAUAUCUAUGCGGACCCAGAUGAGUUGGAUGACACGUACACAGCUCUUCGGCGGGGGCAUUGGCACUCCGUGUAUGACAUCAUCCAGAGGAGGGAGUCACCACAGAACCUGGACUAAAGGCUGUCUGUGAGGAGAGCACUGACAGAAUUAAAAAGCCAUUUUGGACAUUUCGAAAGAUUUUGGACGUCACAGCAAUGUUGAGGGAAUUCUAUUUGAGUCAGAAAAAGAUCAUGUACAUCAUUUAUCAUACGAGAGACAAAAUUCAUAAAUUCUACAGGACAACAGCAGAGUCAUGUCUUAAGUGUAAAACUAGCAAUGACUCACUAGUUAAUGCCUUCUGAGAGUGCUAUGAAGUCCAAACGUUAUGGGCAGAAUUAGAAAGCUGUCUGUCAAAAGUUUUCUAAUGUAAGUUUACUUUUAAUCAAUCUAUCUGCAUAUUUCAAGACCUGGUGAAUAUUUCAAGACUUAGUAAGAUACCCAAUGGACUGGGCAAUAUUAUUUUCUUCACUUACAUUAGAGAAACUAUUACUUAAAUACUGAAAGUCAAAUGAAACUCCGUCGUUAAGAGGAGGGAAGAAUCAAUGCCUUGUUAUUUAAAUAUGUAAAACAAUUUGUCUACAGACAGAAACAACAACAUAAUUUGAAGUCAUAUGGGGCAGAGCCUUGCAAGUAUCGGGGGUGGAUACGGGGGUAGAUAUGGUGGGAACAUGUGGGUGUGAGCAUGUAUGAUGUCAUUAAUGUUUGUGGAAAUGUAUGUAAAUGUUAAGUUUUUUAUUGUUUAUUGUAAAAAAAAAGAAGAAGAAUAUAUAAAUAAAUAAAUAUAUAGUACCA